AAAUGUUUCUGCGUCCACAUUGAACACCAUUUGCAACACCACAAUGCCACCGUUGAAGAAGAGAAAGCUCAGCCAUGAUGGCGAAGCUCCUGAGAAUGUCUCUCCGGAGCCAUCAGAUGCAUCUUCAGAAAACUCAGAAGAGGGAGACAACGCAGAUGGUGCUGACGAAACACCAACAAGGACUCCUACAACAUUCAAAGAGUUAGGAAUAGUUGACUCUCUUUGCGAAGCGUGCGAUUCACUCGGGUACAAGACUCCUACACCUAUUCAAGCCCAGUCCAUACCCUUAGCCUUACAAGGUCAAGAUCUUAUCGGGCUGGCCGAGACGGGCAGCGGCAAAACGGCUGCAUUCGUCCUACCGAUCCUGCAGGAUUUGCUGAACAAGGCACAACAAUUACACUCGUUGAUUUUGGCACCUACAAGAGAAUUGGCAUAUCAGAUUUCGCACGUGGUGGAAGCGCUCGGCUCGCUGAUAGGCGUUCGAUGUGUUGUUCUCGUGGGAGGCAUGGCCAAUAUUCCUCAAGCGAUCGCCCUGGGCAAGAAGCCCCAUAUUAUUGUUGCAACACCGGGUCGCUUGAUAGACCAUUUGGAAAACACGAAAGGCUUCUCUCUUCGGCAGUUGAAAUACUUGGUGAUGGACGAAGCUGACCGACUUCUCGAUUUCGAUUUCGGCCCAACUCUGCUGAAAGUCCUGACGCAUCUUCCCAAGGGCAGAAAGACAUAUCUCUAUUCUGCGACGAUGUCGAAAAAGGUCGAAGAGUUACAGCGAGCUUCUUUGUCGAAUCCCGUUCGAGUUUCGGUAUCCCAAGACAAGUAUCAAACGGUGUCAACCUUGAUACAAUCCUACUUAUUCGUUCCUCACAAGCACAAAGAUCUCUAUCUCGUCCACAUCCUCAACGAAUUGGCUGGUCAGACAGGCAUCAUAUUCACGCGCACGGUCAACGAGGCUCAACGUAUCUCGAUUUUUCUCGGGAGCCUGGGUUUUUCUGCUAUUCCAAUUCACGGUGGAUUGUCUCAACCCGCUCGACUUGCUGCACUAAACAAGUUCCGCGCAAAGUCACGCAAGCUACUGGUGGCCUCCGACGUCGCCGCUCGAGGUCUGGAUAUUCCCUCGGUUGAUCUUGUGGUGAAUUUUGACUUGCCUCACGAUAGCAAGACAUACAUUCACCGCGUGGGACGAACUGCCAGAGCAGGGAAAAGUGGUAGAGCAAUCUCUUUCGUCAGCCAGUAUGACGUGGAACUUUGGAUGAGAAUCGAAAAUGCCCUUCAGAAGAAAUUGGAUGAAUACGAGACGGUCAAGGAAGAGGUGAUGGUUCUGGCAGAAAGAGUCGGCGAUGCGCAAAGAGCUGCUGCAAUGAAGAUGAAAGAGCUGCACGAAGACAGAGACAGUCGCAAGAAGGGUUCUACUUUGAAGGACAACCGGACCGGCAAAGGUGCAAAAGGAAAGCGUCGGCGGGAUGAUAUGGAUAAAGAUGAAGCUUAAUAUGUGAGUAAUGUGCUAGGUGUUGACCAAUAAUUUGCAGUCAAUAUAUAUUCAAUCACCACCCACAAGUCUCCUAGGCCUAGGCUCCAACACUACAAUUGAUGUUGCGAAGGA